AUGCCUGCUCGCGAUGUCGCCAACACAAGAUCAAAUGCACCGGGGAAAGUCCAUGCCGCAAUUGUACACAACCAACGACUGUCAGGCGCGACUGAGGCAGCCGCAACACCGCAGUACUCCUCUGGAGUGAGAAAUUCACCAAGUGCCGCAAUUGUAGACCCUGAAUCUAUGCUGAUACAUGAUGAACAUGAGGAUGUCAGCAUGGUAAACCCUUUGUCCUCGGGGCCUCCCAAAUAUAUAACAGAUCCAGCCGGAAAACCCUAUUACCUUGGACAUACUUCAACUUGGUCUCUGACUAUUCGGCUCUUGAAUCUGACACACGAGGCAUUAUACAAGUGCCCUUUCCCAAGUGCUGCUAACGACAUCGACUCUAUGACCUACGAUUUGGAAUGGAACGGCCUGCGCAGUCAAGCCAUUCCCGAUAUCCGUGGACUUCCUGCAAUCGACCAUGCGCUCUUCCUCAUUAACGCAACUAAGUUCCAUACCGGGCAAAUGUUCCAUUUGUUCGAUGAGGCCAAAUUUAUGAAACAGUUCUACCACUUUUACGAAAACCCAGCGGAGAAUAUUCGUACGGCAGGACUGUGGCUUCCACAUUUCCUAGUCAUCAUUGCCCUUGGGAAGGCAUUUGUUGGGGCACAAAACCGCGGGAAUAUGCCACCCGGUUCUGAGCUUUUUAGAGCUGCUUUUAUGAUGCUCCCAGACUAUAGCUUUUUGUGGAAGGAUCCUUCUACCUCCGCAGAGAUUCUCUGUGCAUUCGCUUUGUACUUGCAGUCUAUUGACUGGAGAACCUCAGCACAUAACAUGGUUCAUGGUUACCACACGGAUCUUUCCACCCGAUCCACAAAUGAGCAAGAUCUGAUGCGAUGCCAGAAUAUCUGGUGGACUGUGUAUAUCCUCGAGCGCCAAAUUUCCGUGCUUAUGGGUACGCCUCUUAGCAUUAGCGACAAUGACAUCAAUGCCUCAUUACCUUUGCUUCCGGAUUCAUUGCUGAAAACAGCAACCCUCGUCAUUCAUGUCAAGUUGUCGAAGGCUCUUAGCCGCAUUAUGAAUGCCCUCUACAGAGAUAAAGGGGAUCUGGGAUCAACAUUUGUGAAAAGCACACAGGACGUUCUACAAAGAGUGGCGGACGUGGCCCCUGAACUCCGUGAAAACUUCCCGGUACCUGACCAAGAAGCCCUGAGCGGCAUCUCUCGAGUAGCAGGAUACUUAAAUUUGCUAUACCAUCAGUGUAUCAUGCUUGCUACUCGGCCGUUUUUGUUCAUGCUAGUUGAAAUUCGUGCCAAAUCAACGGACCCUCAGAUCCGAGUUCCCGCGCCUAUCCAAUUACUUCUACAAAUUUGUCUCGAAUCAGCAAAGAAGACCUCACAGAUUUUGGGAUCUCUGCAAGAGCAGAAUCUGUUAGGUAUCAACUAA